GAGAGAGAGAUAGAGAAAGUGCGUGUGAGAGAGGUAGAUAGAGGAGAGAUGAGACACAGCAUCUCUUCUCAGGCACUAGCCGAAGAAUCUUCACGAGUGAGGCAUUGAUGGAUCUGUCGGGGCUGCAAAAUAAUUAACAUCAUUACAAUCCUGUAAAAGUCAUUAUGAUAUGCCAAACGAGGCAACAACGAAACGGAUGAUCCAUUCAUAGCUCCCCUUUGUUGCCGAUAUAAAACAUCAAAGAAGAAUUAAAGCAGAGCGACAACGCAAGUACGCAGAGGAGAGGUCUGACACCCUGUUUGGAGCGUCUUUAUUUUAUUAAUUUAAAUAAUGAGUUAAUGUAGGCCUUCUCACAACAGAGGGAGGCACCGUGGAAAUGUAUCACCAUGGAAAGGAGAGAAGACGAGCAUCCUUUGCUUUGAGUUAACGCUAAUGCGUCACACGCAUUUGUUUCUAUUAUUGUUUUAUUUUGUUCUCUGCCUUUCUCUUACGAACUCAAAAAUGUGGUAAGCUAUCUGUCGACUAGGGAGAGAGAGAAGGGUGUUGUCAGAAAGAGGAACGAGAGGAGGUGGGGGCAUUAAGAGGUAUUAUUUUUUGGGGGAAAGGGGGGACAGAUCGACACGGAGAAGGUGAAUUGAUGUACGAAAGCCUGCGACACCUCACUUUAAUGAGAAAUAAUCUUGCAAAAGAAAUGGCGUGAAACAUCAUCCGAAACAAGCAAAGAGAGAAAACCAGACGCAUCUUCAAGGGAGACCCUCGCGUUCUCACGUUUACCGGGAAUAUUUUGGGUGUGGCGUGUUGACUGUGGAAGCUGUCAGUCUGCAGCUGGCCUAUCAGGAGCUCUCAGGAGGAUGGACCAGAACAGACAGUCUAUCUGAGGAUGCCUCCCGUCCCUCCCCCUCUCUACACCUGCUCUCUCGCCUCUCACACUAUGCUAGGAAAACACACUAUACACCUCUGAUUUUGACCAAACCCCCCACCCCUCCCAAUACCUUCUUUCUCCAAUAACCUACUCAUUUCAGGGUAUUUGGAGGUCCUUUUUUUACUCUUUGCUGUCCACGAGUGAACUCAUAUUUAGUUUGUUGGGCAGAAGACCGGAGGACAUGUCCUUCUUCCCUGAGAGUGUCCCCAGACGUCCGGGGCCCGGUGGGAUGCGGCGUUCCAGCCCCCGCAGGAUGUCUGACCCGUGUCUGGUGUGGCUCCUGGGCCUGGCCCUCCGCCUGGCACUGUCCUCCUGCCAGCGGGCCGACCUCAGCGGGAAACACCCCAUGGUCACCACGGGCUACGGCAAGCUGCGCGGCGUCAGGAAGGAACUCAACAACGAGAUCCUGGGACCCGUGGAGCAGUACCUGGGCGUGCCCUACGCCACCCCGCCCAUCGGCGAGCGCCGCUUCCAGCCCCCAGAGGCGCCAGGCUCCUGGCAGGAGAUCCGCAACGCCACCCAGUUUGCCCCCGUGUGCCCGCAGAAUGUACACGGGGUGCUGCCUGAAAUAAUGCUGCCGGUGUGGUUCACUGACAACCUGGACGCUGCAGCAGGCUACGUUCAGAACCAGAGUGAGGACUGUCUAUACCUCAAUGUCUAUGUGCCCACUGAGGAUGGUCCUCUCACAAAAAAACACGAUGAGUCUACAAUGAACAAACCAAGGGAUGAAGAUAUCCGUGACCGUCGGAAGAAGCCAGUGAUGUUGUUCAUUCAUGGCGGCUCCUACAUGGAGGGGGCGGGAAACAUGUUCGACGCCAGCGUCCUCGCAGCCUACGGCAACGUCAUCGUGGUCACCAUGAACUACCGUCUGGGCGUACUUGGGUUUCUGAGUACCGGGGACCAGUCAGCCAAGGGGAACUAUGGUCUGUUGGACCAGAUCCAGGCUCUGCGCUGGCUCAAUGAGAACAUUGGCCACUUUGGAGGAGACCCAGAGAGGAUCACCAUCUUUGGCUCCGGGGCUGGAGCCUCCUGUGUCAAUCUGCUCAUUCUCUCCCACCACUCCGAGGGUCUGUUCCAGAGAGCCAUAGCCCAGAGUGGCUCAGCCAUCUCCAGCUGGUCGGUCAACUACCGACCCCUCAUGUACACCCAGAUCCUGGCUAAGAAGGUAGGCUGCAGCUACGGGGACACAGGCGACCUGGUAGAGUGUCUGAGGAGGAAAACCUUCAGGGAGCUGGUGGACCAGGACAUCCAGCCGGCCAGAUAUCAUAUCGCCUUCGGCCCAGUGGUGGAUGGAGACGUGGUGCCCGACGACCCUGAGAUUCUCAUGCAACAGGGGGAGUUCCUGAACUAUGACAUCCUGCUGGGGGUGAACCAGGGAGAAGGGCUGAAAUUUGUGGAUGACAGUGAGGGGGAUGAUGGCAUCUCUGCAGCCUCUUUUGACUACACCAUCUCCAACUUUGUGGACAACCUGUAUGGAUACCCUGAGGGUAAGGACAUCCUGAGGGAGACCAUAAAGUUCAUGUACACAGACUGGGCCGACAGGGACAACAUAGACAUGAGGAGGAAGACCCUGCUGGCACUGUUCACAGAUCACCAGUGGGUGGCGCCAGCUGUGGCCACAGCCAAGCUGCACGCUGAGUUCCAGUCUCCUGUCUACUUCUACACCUUCCACCACCACUGCCAGACGGAGGCCCGGCCAGAGUGGGCGGACGCGGCCCACGGGGAUGAGCUGCCCUACGUGUUUGGGGUCCCCAUGGUGGGAGCCACAGACCUGUUCCCCUGUAACUUCUCCAAGAAUGACGUCAUGCUCAGUGCUGUGGUCAUGACCUACUGGACCAACUUUGCCAAGACCGGGGAUCCCAACCUGCCUGUCCCUCAGGACACUAAGUUCAUCCACACCAAGCCCAACCGCUUUGAGGAGGUCAUUUGGACCAAGUUCAGCUCCAAGGACAAGCAGUACCUCCACAUUGGCCUGAAGCCCCGCGUCAGGGACAACUACCGGGCCAACAAGGUGGCCUUCUGGCUGGAGCUGGUGCCUCACCUGCACUCCCUGCAUGAGGAUAUCAACCCCAUCACCACCCGGCUGCCACCUGGAGGAGGAGGUCCCCGCGUCCACCGGCCUGGCCCCCCUGGGGCACGCUCCACCCGCCACCCCGUCAUCUCCACCAACCCCUCUGAACCCGAGCCAGACCCCUCCGAGCCGCCCCGCCGCAACCCGUUCCCCGACGAGAUUAGGGACUACUCCACGGAGCUGAGUGUGACUGUGGCUGUGGGCGCCUCGCUGCUCUUCCUCAACGUGCUGGCCUUCGCAGCGCUCUACUACAAACGGGACAAGCGCCACGAGCUGCUGCAGAGACGCCACCGUCGCUUGUCCCCCCAGCGUGGCAUGGGCACCGCCAUGGGCUUGGGCAUGGGAGGGGUGGGUGCCCCGUCCCACAAUGACCUGGCACUGAGCCAGGAGGAGGAGCUCAUGUCCCUGCAGAUGAAGCAGCAGAGAGUAGAGAUGGAGCAUGGUAUCGGCACGCCGCUCCCUUCCCGCGGUCUCCAUGGCGACCUGGAGCCGCUGCGGGCGCAGGUGGGCCCGCCGGACUACACGCUGGCACUGCGGCGGGCACCGGAGGACGUGCCGCUGAUGACGGCAAACACCAUCACCAUGAUGCCCAGCACUAUCAGCGGCAUGCAGCCCCUCCACCCCUUCAACACCUACCCCCCCGCCCCGGCACCCUCCACCACCCCCGGCCACAGCAACAACGCCCUGCCACACCAACACUCCACCACCCGCGUAUAGGACCAGGCAUAACCUCUGGAUCAGCAGAGAUACAAAUGAACACCACACAGACUGGUCCUCUCCUUCUUCUCUCUCUUACUGGGGUUAUCCUCUAUUCUUUUUCUGUGUUGCUUUUUUCUCUUUCUCCUUGUCAUUCUGUUCUCUGUCAAUCUCCCCAUGAGGCUGUGUUAUCGCCCCCUACUGUUGGGAUGCAUGGCUCAGUCUGACUCAGGCUGUGGGCUGCUGGGACAAAGACUAUCAUUACCCAACUAACACAUCUCAUAUCACACAUCUUCCAACCUGUUCAUAUGUCUGUACAAUCUGGGUAUUUCACUCUCUUUCUCACUCUCUAUCUUCCUCUCUCUCUCAAACAAUAUUACUGUUCUUCUUCUCUCUGCCUCCCACUCACUUCUCUCCAUGUCUGUUCCUAUAGCUCUUGAUCACAACGUUCACACAAUCCUCCCAGUCUCAUUUUCAUCCUAUUUCUCUCUUGCGCAAAACACUUCUCCUCUUUGGAGUCUUUUAUACAAACACAUAAAUGUAAAUGAUGUAUUAUUGAUAAAUUGUAAGGAUAUGAAUGAAAAAGGUGAGAUCCUGAUAUCUCGUUUUUACCAGCAUUCUUGGUGCCAAGUACUGUGAUAACGCUCUUCUUUCAAUGGGGUCCAAUGGACCACCUGGAGAGGCCCAUCCUGACUUGAUCUUACACAAGGAAUUAUCAUAAUCAAAAAAGUGCCAGACGUGUCAUCUUUCUUUUUGAUCUUUUGCAAUUUAUUUUUGUUUUUACUGCAUUCAGUGUUGCACCUUGGCUGGGCUUUACUCAAGGGGGAAAAUAUUAAAUAUAUCCAUGUAAAAAAUAUGAGAAUAUUAAGAUUUAUAACUGUUUUUUUUGUCUGGGAUCUUCUGCAUGAUUUUUAUUUUCUAAAUGGAGGAUGGACAUCAGAGUGGAAAUCUUUAAUUUUUCCUUUUUAUUUCCAGGUUUGGCCUUGAUUUAUUUUUUAUUUUUUCUUAAAGUACUUUCUUUUUGUUUUUUACAUCAGCUGAACUUCGUGCACAAGAGAACUAUCUUCUAUUCUGUAGAUACUUCAAAAAGGCUUUCAAGAGAUGAAUAUUGACUAUGAUUAUAACAAGGACAACAAAUAUGUCCUUUAUUUUGUUUUUUCAUUUCUUAUCACUGAGGCUGUUCCACAAGCACCUGCCGCCCUGAAAGACUGAUGGAAGCCCCCUCUCUCUCUCCCUCGUUUUAUUUCUCUCUUUCUCUCAUUACUUUUGCUGUGGAGUGUUGCACGGUCGACUGAAGGGAAAACAUUGUUGGACUUUACCACUCCAUCAGCUUGCAGUGUUUGUCCAUGAUAGACUAAUACUUGUUUUUGAAUGGUGAAAAUGUCAUACUUCACGUGGAUUGCCUCAAUGAAAAAAACUGAUAAAAUUCUACACAUUUUCCCGGGAAUAAAGGGUUGUCUCUGAACAAUUAUCUUCGUUUUAAGCACUCUCAUCCUCUCCUCAGUGGACUUUUAGCUACGUGCUUCAGGUUUCUGGAGACUGGGUAUGACUCUGUCUUUUCAAAUCUACUUCUGUUGUUCUGAGGGGAGAGGGUGCAGGAGGUAUGUGGAGGGGGGGGCUCAGACAGCCUGACUGACAUACUGUAGGUCAAAGGUGAAAAGCCUUGUACGCACGUUUUAGAUCUUUCAACCGCACAACUGAACACAGGGACACAACGAACUCUGGACAUUCAUGAAAAUAAACUGUUACAGAACAGAUGUUGAGACAAAAUACGAAAAACCUUGACAUCAAAACCAACAGCGACGAUGGAGCGAUGACUCUUCAGAAGAAGCCUGACAUGUCUCCGAUGCACUGAGGAUGCGUUCUAAAUCUUGAGUAGAAAAAAAAAAAACAUUUGAUAAACAUUACUCACAUAUAUACACAGAAAAAAAAAAACCUGGCAGGACUGAGUUCCCCAUGUUUUUCCUGUUCUGUUUCCUGUCUUGUUUUGGGAUGAUGAUGAUGAUCACACUGGGGUUAGACUGGCAUCUGUCACAGGGGCCGGGGACUCCGAAAAAAGAACAAAACAAACACCAUGGAAAACAAACUGUACAUUUUUUUUUAAGUGUAAGAGAACAAACUGGUAUUUGUAAAUAUUAUGUUUAUGGUUUGGUUUACGAGUGAACGGUGAAAUCUUUCCUUUGUGACGACAGGUGCAAAGUUCAGACGGCUGAUCCGUUGUUGUUGUUUGAUUCUCUUUCAUUUCUUAGAUUUUCAAGGUCAAAGUGCAACAAGUUAUGGGAACAUGUAGACAGUUAUUAACAUACAUGAAUGAUCUGCGAACUACAUCUAAAAUCCUAGCAUGAUCGAGUUCAACGUAAUAGCAGUAGGUAAGGGGAUAUGGCUCAGGUUUCUCUAGGGUAGAAAGGACAUACUGGAUGUGUGUGGGGUUUUGGAUGGAGGUGGGCAUUACUUGCACAAUUGUCAAUUGCCACAUCAAUCGUGAAGACAGAUUUUGUUUGGAUUCAGUUAAGAUGAGCCUUCUGCAUCCGUUAAGUGGCCAAAGAUAAGAGCUGCAUAAAUAGCAGAUUUCGAUAGAAUAGGGAUACAGAGAAAAGGAAAAUAGGAGAAUGGCCAAGAGCGAGAGACAGAAGGAAAGAAAAUCGUAAGGCACUGAUGGAGAGUGGUCGAGAUAAAGCCAUGGUUUGAAACUGUGCUCAACCCAAACCUACAGAACUAGGAAACUUGAAUCUUGAUGGUGGUGCUGUUGGUACUUGUUAGUGACACUCACUGUCCUGAGAUAUGACAUACAGUAUUACCCAUAGCUUAGAACAGGUACAGUAUGUUGUCAAGUCCUUUGUACUCUUUAGUCUUGUUUCAGACUCUGAUGGUUGUGGUUGCUUUGCUAUCCUUUACUAUUAUCUUGGCCAUGCACACUCUCUGUUUAAGUCAUUUUCUGGGAAUAUCAGCCCACCUGUUUGCUGUCCAUUUUAGAGGCCCAUGUUUCCAAAAAGGAAAAGUGAAAAAAAUACAGUAUUUUUCUAAAAAAAUAUAUAUAUAUAUGACUGAAAUUUGGAAACCAGGGAUAUGGCAGCCAACAGACUCUGGAAGCACACUCUCACCAAGUUUACACAGUGACACUAAAGUCUGACUUUGGCUCAAUGUUACAAAGAAACAUUACAAGGAUGCAAAUCUCUACUUUUCCAAGGUUCACGCUGGGUUGCCCAAAAAGGUUUGCACCUGUUUGUCUCUGUUUUCAUUUAGUCUGAAAUCAGCACUUACUGGAGGAUUAAGACACUGUAAGGAAGCAUAACGAACGGGUUUAAAGAAUGAAGUUAAUAUUUCUAUUUCAUAUAGAGGCUAUUACAGACUGUAUGUUGUGCACCUGAAAUGGAGAACAUUAAAAAUACAUUCUUAAACAAAUUAUCA